AUGCAACCCGUUCAUUCAACCCUUCUCCAAGUUACAACGGAAGAAGAAGAACAACAACAACAACAACAACCACUAAUUUCGGAAUACCAAGCAACUCCAAAUGUUAUACAUCAUGAAAAUCAAAUGCUAAAUACAUAUUUCGGAAACAUGACUACCAGUCCCUCUCGACGACGUCCUCUUCUUCAUGAAAACAUACCAAACAAGUAUCAUCAAAAUAGUUUCCCGCCGAGGAGAUCCAGCAUGCUGCUGCUGCCGAACAUGACAAGCCUGUACACCAACAAACCUUCUGUUCCAAUGACCUCUCGAAGACCAUCAACGUUGAGUGAUAUGGGAUGGGAGAAACAUAAAAAUCGAUCCCUGCCGUUCACCCCACACACACUACCAUUGUUAUUUCCUACUUUGAGUGAUCAGGAGGUUCCACAUUCUUAUCCACAUUUGAAACAAGAAGGAGCUCCAAGGCGUGAAAAAAACACGAUCAUGAAAGAGAUGGAACCAGUGACGACCACUGCAAGUUCCACCAAUGACGUGAAUAGACAUGAAACAUUAAGGGAACCUCAUGUGCUUCAUGGAGCGACACUAUUGUCCUCCCAAAAACAUGAAUCCCAUGAAUACAAUCUACGAGAAAUGUUACUGGACACGCAAUCUUUGUUACAACAAGGAAAGCAUUUCUUUUUAAUUGGACUUGGUUAUUGCCGAAUCUUUCAUACCAUUAAGGAAAUGAUUAUUUACCUCUCCAAACAAGAGGAGUCUACAGAACAUUUUUGGAUGGAUUGUCAACAAUGUUCUUCUGAGGACAUGAUGGAAUUACAAUAUUAUUUUAAUUUGCAUCCCUUGACGGUUGAAGACUGUGUCAACAAUGAUAGUGGUGAAAAGUGGGAAGCUUUUGACAAUUAUUUAUUUAUUUGCAUUACUGGACAAACCACAGGGAGGGUAGUGUUGAAUGAAUAUUUACCGUGUUAUUUGAAUAUGGUAAUUUUUGAGAGAUGUAUUUUAACCAUCCAUGAUAAGCCAAUCGAAGGCUUAGAUUUACUCAUUAACAGAAUUGAAAAAGAAUUUGAAUUUAACCAAAAAAAGAAAGACCAUAAAUCUGAUUCGAACAAAACAACGAAUAUUAAUACGACCAGUCCAUCAGAACAGCACAGCCAAUCUUUCUUUGUAUUGACACCUUCAUGGAUUUUUUAUGCCUAUUUGGAUGCCAUUGUUGAUGUCUAUGUUCCAAAGGUCGACCAAGUCAUUCGUGAAUGUGACACUGUGGAUGAGUUUACAGCUACUUUGACUUUAUCAGACAAGGAGGACUUGCUCUGGAGAAUAGCAUUCAAUAAGAGAAGAGUUGCAAUAUUAAGAAAACUGUUACUUCCCAAACAAAAGAUGGUGGCAUUUAUGGUGGCUUCUAAAUUGCCAAUUCCGUUUUUGGAUCCUGAGGCAAAACAUUUUUUGAGGGAUAUUUUGGAUCACUUGAAACAAUGUUGUGAACGAUUGGACAUGGCACGUGAUUCGUUUGCCCAGACUCACUCCAAUUAUCUUUCUCGAGUACAUCUCGACAUUGCCCAACAUUCACAAGCAACAGAUGUUUUCAUGAAUCGAAUCACAGUGUUUGUUGUGUUAUUAGCACCAGUGACUCUGAUCGCUGGAAUUUGGGGAAUGAAUAUGAAGGUGCCAGGUCAAGGUGUUAAGAAUUUAUAUUGGUUUUUUGGAGUAUGUUCUGCAAUGGCCGUUGUAGCUCUUUUCAUGGUUAUUCUAUUAAGAAAAUUAAUAAUGAAUAUUUAA